AUAAAAUCUCUGUAAACUAAUGCAAGCUCAAAUCACACGUCAACACCCUUGAAGUGAAGAUGACGACUCAGCAGGUGCAUGCCUCUGUGGCGAUGGCACCUACGGAAUCGCAGCCAGCGUUCUGUGGCGAAGACGAGUGGGUGCGCAAGCACCUGGAAGCUCGAGAUGCCGAGCGUGCACGGCGCAAUGCCCCAGACGGCGGAUUCACUACUGUGGAGACUGUGCGCUUCAACCGCGCUGAGUUCACCAGUCAGAUCCAGGUGAAAAGACGAACUACGACGACAUAACUGUAGUAAAUAGCGGUGUUCUGACGUUUGUGUGGCUAUGGUUCGGCCAGGAGUUCCUGGAUGCGGACGUGAGCGACGGCUUCGUGAUUGGCCUCAAACGCCGGCGAGAGUUCGCGCUCCAGCUGUGUGAGGACUACAAGAAGUUCACGGAGUCACAGAGGCUGGAGCUGGUGCUAGCUCUAGCGGUGGAUCUGGGAGUACGAGAUCUGGCAGUUAUGAUGAGAACACUGCCUUCUAUCAAGCGCUCUGGUCUGGUGCUGAACGUGGCAGCGGCGGCUCUGGGAUUCAGCCGUAAGAAUGACCCCAACAUCUCCAAAAGCGUCAAACGGGGACUCGUGCCGCUUGCGGAGCAGUUUUUCCUUCUGGUUGGUACGAUCCAGCCUGGCCCACUGUUUCUGCUCAACUUGAGAGUAGAUUUGGGCAUCCUAAUUGCACGCCAUCGAGACCAUCUACCCAAGUCCAGCGUAGAAGCACUGGGGCUACUGGAUUUGAUCAUGCGGGACCUGUUCGCUACUCAAGGAAGCAUGCGUUUCCGUCGAAUUGAUUUGUCCUCAGAAGAUCUGGCUGCCUUCGUGCUGAAACAUGAGCGUGUGCAUCAAGUUCGAGGCUGGGGGGAUCUGCAGCGCCGCCUUGGAGGACGACAACGCUACUGCUUCGGACUUUUUCACAUGCACAUGCCUCACGCACCGCUGGUGUUUGUGCAGACGGUUGUGACAGACCACCUGUGUAGCAAUAUCACUCCGAUUCUGGAGGAAGAGACCCCAGUGGUGAAAAACCCGUCACACAUCAUCUUCUACUCGGUAUCUACGUCGAACACCGGGCUACGGGGAUUGAACAUUGCAAGUCAUUUACUAUUUCUUACGAUCCAGCGCAUGAGCAGCAUGUUCCCGCAGUGCAAGACGGCAGCAACUCUAUCUCCUGUACCUGGCUUUGCUCGGUGGUUUAAGGCAGCUCUAGCUAGUGGAGAUCAGCAGUCGCAGACCACCUCGGAUGCCAAGAAUGUUCUGCAAAACAAGGACCCAAAACUACAGCGUUCGGAGCCGCUGCAACGGAGCUUCUUUAAUUCGGAGCAAGCACAGCGUCUUAACAUGAAAUAUGGAGUAAACCAACUGGUGCUCCACAAGUGGCUUCUGAAAAAGCUCAGCGAUCCUGCAUGGCACCGGGAUGCUGAGCUCGUGGACAACAUUCGUGACAUCAUCACAGCUGCAUGUGCGCGCUACAUCCUCUUUGAGCGAAGGCAGGACAAGAUUCUGGAUCCCGUGGCGAAUUUCCAUCUGCAAAAUGGUGCCCAAGUUGAACAAAUCAACUUUAUGGCGGACACGACACCGUCCGCGCUGAUAUCAGCCUUGGGAAUGAUGAUCAAUUACCGCUACUGCAUGACAUCGAUCGACGUUACUUCAGUCUCAUACAAGCGAAAGUCUCUGGCGGCAGUAUCACCUGCAGCUGCUCGACUGGUCUGGCCAGCAGACAGCGUCAUUCUUGACGAAAUCGAGCGCUUGAAGGACAAGCGUAAUACGCCGCUGUUUGCCAAGGUUUUCCGUGCUGGCGAAAUUAUUAGUGCUCGAGGAUCUUUACCAACGGCUAUCUACUUCAUUGCGUACGUUGCUUCGCUUGCUUUGCUGUUUGAAGUGAGAAAUACUGAGCAUAUUUCUUUGAUAGGUCCGGUAGAGUACGCGUACAUUCCGCUCACCCGUACACACUUUGCGAAGGUCAAACGUUUGGUGAGCGCGAGUCGUUGAAUGACGAGCCCGUGGCCUUUACAGUUCGCGCCGAGACAGCAACGCACUUGCUGCUGUUGCCGUACAAUGACGUGAAGGCGAUUCAAAGGGAAUCAAGCGCACUGCGAGAUUACGAAGGCAGCGAUCCACGUGUGUGGCAGCAACAACUUUACAUGUCAUUCCACGGUAGUAAGCUCUAGUAGUAGGCUGGUGUUUGACAUUUGAUACAGACGAUGUGAAUGGAGUACACUAUACUACGGAAAGAUGGCAUUGGAAUCUACC